UUAAUAAAACCCCUAAAAGCUGCACGGGAAUGGAAGAGCUCGGAAGAGAAGGGAGUGGCUCGGCGAUGGUUUUUGCGAAAUUGAUUGCUUUGGUGGCGCUUUUCGAUCUGGUGAGGUCGGCGAGCGUAGCGGGGUCGAAGCUUGACGAUGCGGCGGGAUUCCUGGAGAGGGCCAAGGAGGCGGAGUUCUUCGAUUGGAUGGUGAGUGUCAGGAGGCGGAUUCACGAGAACCCCGAGCUCGGGUACGAGGAGUUCGCCACCAGCGAGCUCAUCCGGAACGAGCUUGAUGCUUUGGGGGUGACUUAUCGGUAUCCGAUCGCGGUCACCGGGGUCGUGGGAUACAUCGGCACCGGGAAGGCUCCUUUUGUUGCGCUCAGAGCUGAUAUGGACGCCCUGUCGUUGCAGGAGGCGGUGGAAUGGGAACACAAGAGUAAGGUUCCUGGCAAGAUGCAUGCUUGUGGCCAUGACGCACAUGUUGCCAUGUUGCUUGGUGCUGCUAAGAUCCUUCAAGAGCAUCGUGAAAAUUUGCAGGGAACUGUUGUGCUCAUUUUUCAACCUGCGGAAGAAGGAGGUGGUGGGGCAAAGAAAAUGAUAGAAGCUGGAGUUGUUAAAGAUGUUGAUGCUAUUUUUGGGUUUCACGUAGCUCCCGACAUACCUUCUGGUACUGUAGAAUCAAGGUCGGGUCCAAUAAUGGCAGGGAGUGGGUUCUUUGAAGCAGUUAUAGGUGGAAAGGGAGGUCAUGCUGCCAUCCCUCAACACACAAUUGAUCCAAUUUUGGCAGCAUCAAAUGUAAUUGUGAGUUUGCAACAUCUUGUUUCUCGUGAAGCUGAUCCAUUGGAUUCACAGGUAGUAACAGUUGCAAAAUUUCAAGGAGGUGGUGCAUUCAAUGUCAUUCCUGAUUCAGUUUCCAUUGGCGGCACCUUCCGUGCUUUUUCCAAAGAAAGCUUUUUCCAACUCAAACAACGAAUCAAAGAGGUUAUCAUUGCGCAAGCAUCAGUUCAAAGGUGCAUCGCAACUGUUGAUUUUCUCGACAAAGGUUAUCCUUUCUUCCCUGUUACAGUAAACAGCAAGGCUCUUCAUGGCCAUUUUCAGAAGGUGGCUGAACGUAUGCUUGGGGCCAACAACGUAAGAGACAAGAAACCUGUGAUGGGAUCAGAAGACUUUUCGUUUUUCAGCGAGGUUGUCCCUGCUUACUAUUAUUUCGUUGGGACAAUGAACAAAUCAGAGGGACCCGUUUACCCUCCGCAUUCCCCAUUCUUCACUAUCAAUGAAGAGGCACUCCCAUACGGCGCGGCGCUUCAUGCCUCACUGGCAAUGAGCUACCUCUCCAAGGAUCAUACCACUUCACCAUUGACGGCAGAGGUUCAUGACGAGCUCUAAGUUCUUCUCGACUGUGCCUACUGUCUUUCACUUAAAAUGAAGCCCGGUAUGCAGGUUUGUCGUGUCUAGCGAAGAUCAUGUUCUAUGCUUAAGCUUCAUACCAGGCAAAUUCUUGAUCGUACAACUGAAUAUUCUGUAUUUUUUUUCAUAUCAAAUGUUGGAACCUCCAUGUAAUAUAUGAAUCUACAAAUCCAAGGUAGCCAAACAUAUAUUAAGGAAUGAAUUAUUAUGCCA